AUGGGAGCAGGACAAUCUAUCGCUUGUGCUAUGCCAGCCGACUACACCAUGUCUAGCGAGAAGACGGUGGCACCCAGUGCGGCGGAAAUUGAGCGUUAUGUGACGAAGGUCCGUCAAGGGGUUGAGGACAGCAUCGAAAGUUUCCACGCUAGAUACCAGCGGUAUUUGAGUUCGUUUGAGCCUGACGUCGAGGUGUUGAAGAAGUGUACGGCUGACUUGGUGGCUGAGUUGCAUAGUGGAUUAGAGUUGCACAAAGAAAGUCCGUCGGGUACGGUGGAUGCUUCUAAAUGUUGUUUGAAGAUGCUGGAUGCGUACGUACCACAGGCUCCAAGUGGGGAUGAGAAGGGUGUGUUUUACGCGUUGGAUUUCGGCGGUUCAAAUUUCCGUGCGUUGCGUUGUGCAAUGGAAGGGGGUAGAAUUCAGAUGACGGCGAAGAAAGCAUCAUUGCUGGAUUACGAGUGUGAAUUGCCCAAGGGUUUGUUGGAUCCCAAGGCAACGGCGACAAUGAUGUUCGAUUACUUCGCAACCAUUUGCCGUUCGUUUAUGGAAGAGAACGGAGACGUGGAGGCGAAGUCUGGUUUCCAAUGUGGUUUUACAUUCUCCUAUCCGUGUUCUCUACGUUCGUUGAGGAUUGGCGAGUUGGUCACUUGGACCAAGGGCUUCGAGACAGGCCGUGCGACUCGCGACCCAGUGGAGGGCAACGACGUAGGCAUGUUAAUGAACCAGGCCUUCCGUCGUCACGGCGUGCCUCUGACCAUCAAUUGCAUUGCCAAUGACACCGUCGGCACACUGUUGUCCAGCGCCUAUGUGCUGGAACCCUCAGCUCCGCCCUGCAUGAUCGGAGUCAUACUUGGAACCGGCAUGAAUGCCGCCUAUGUGGACGAACGCGCGGUUGAGCACGGCUACCAAGGUCCUCUGAUCAACAUCGAGGCGGGCAAUUACAACAAGUCGCUCCCGCGCACGAAUAUUGAUUAUGAAAUCGACUUUGCCGAUACUGGUGCUCGAGGCUACCAACAACUAGAAAAAAUGGUAUCAGGCGCUUAUCUAGGCGAAAUGGUACGACGCAUGGUCGUCAAGGUCUUCCAAUACAAAUGCACUCCACGCAUGUGGCAAGUCGGAUCAUUCUCCGCCGGUGACGCCUCUGUCUGUCUGGGGGACAAGUCAGCCUCUCUAGUCGUCGUUGAUAAAAAAUGCCGCGAACAAUGGGGCUGUGAAUUCAGCAUCGAGGAACUCGGCUGGGUUAAAGACUUGUGCGAAGUCGUCUUCCGCAGAUCCGCCGCACUCGCCGCCGUUUUAGUGGCUGGCAUAGCCAUCAAAACGGGUAAACUUCAGGAAGCCAUCGGUGGCUUGACUGUUGGCAUUGACGGAUCCCUUUGGAAAUGCAAUCCCAAGUACCGUGCUGACCUCAAGACCUACCUCGGACACAUCCUAGGCCAAGAGGAAGCAAACCUCAUCACUCUCGUCAACUCAGACGAUGGCUCCGGGCUGGGAGCCGCUAUCCUCUCCGCUGUCGCAGAUAAGUAG